AUGAUCUGCUCGGACGUUGCGCACCUCCACCAAUAUGGCGACAUUCCUCGAGAUAUGAAGCCCGAAAGCAUACUGCUCACAAGGGACGAGCAUCCGAUUUGCAAGAUAUCAGACCUUGGCCUUGCACGGAUGUUUGAAGCUGGCGUCGACCUCACGACGCAAUGUGGCACUGCCAACAGUCUAGCGCCAGAGGUGCUUGCAUAUCGCAACGGCAAGACCGGCUACGAUCAGGCCGUUGAUGCUUGCUCGAUCGGCCUUAUCGUCUAUGCUUGUCUGUCGAAUGUUUCCCCUUUCAUUGAGGACACAAAAAGAGGAUAUCUACCUUCGCAUGCCGAGUCGAUCGCCGAACCCGAGAUCGCAGUUGACUUCCUUCAACGCUUGCUAUGGCACGACCCAGAAAGUAUCGUUUCAUCACUACCUAAGAAGCCGUCAAAUACGCAGCGAGCGCGGUCCACCAGUCGGGCUGCAUUUCGCAACGGUCUAGACAGCUCACGCGCACUAGCAGCCAGCUCAAUCAAGGUUUUUGCGCGCGUCGCUGUUGCAGAUGGCAUGCCGAGCUCAUCUGCUCCUGCCACGCUGCCCGCAUCACGAGCAAGACUCUUUGUAAAGCCAGUAUGA